CCUCUGACGCCCCAGCAAACAUGUCGAAGGGACCCGCAGUUGGCAUUGAUCUUGGCACCACUUACUCCUGUGUAGGAGUCUUCCAACAUGGGAAAGUGGAGAUCAUUGCUAAUGACCAAGGAAACAGGACCAUCCCCAGCUACGUCGCUUUCACCGACACACAACGUUUAAUCGGUGAUGCUGCAAAAAAUCAAGUUGCAAUGAACCCCACCAACACAGUUUUUGAUGCCAAACGUCUGAUUGGUCGCAGAUUUGAUGAUGCAGUUGUACAGUCAGACAUGAAGCAUUGGCCUUUCACGAGCAGUAGAGCAGUUGCAAGGAAUGCCUCCUCUUAA